AUGGCAUCCAUUUCGGGGAUCUGCUCGUCAUCGUCGUCGGCAUUGAAAUCGCACAAGAUCUUCCCUCCGGCCUGUGCCGGAGGGAAGAACCUCCGGGGGGCGAAAUGGGCGGCGACGCCGUUGAUCGGCGGGGCCACCCGCCAGCGGGGCGGUCCGCUGCGCUCGGUGGCGCGGGACACCCCGCCCGCCGACGUUGCUUUGGGCGCCGGGGCGUCGACGCCACUGGAGAAGAAGCAGAAGAGCAGAGGUGGAGUAGAGAAGGAUCCGGUUGUGCUGUGGCGCCGCUAUGUGGACUGGCUGUACCAGAACAAGGAGUUAGGGUUGUUCCUUGACGUCAGCCGCAUCGGAUUCACAGACGAGUUCUUCGAGUGGAUGGAACCGAAGCUUCAGAAGGCUUUCGCGGACAUGCGGGAGCUCGAGAAGGGGGCCAUCGCUAACCCCGACGAGGGCAGGAUGGUGGGGCAUUACUGGCUGCGUAAUCCCGAGCUUUCCCCCACUGCGUUCCUGAGAUUUCAGAUUCAGAACACCCUCGUUAGUAUCUGCGAGUUCGCUGGAAAGGUCAUCAACGGCGAGGUCUGGCGCCUGUUUCUUUCUCUAUUAUUUUUCUGUCAUCAUUCCCUGUAUCUUUCUCCUUUGAGGAUCGUUUCAUGAUUCCUUCGCAUUCCCUUUCACGAGAUCGUCUUGCACGCGUCUAAUGAUACCCGUUGACAUCUGCGUUCCGACUAAAUGCGGGCUUCGAUUGUCAACGGGGCAUACACCGUCUCUUAGGACUUUCUUACUCUCUCUGGACUUAUAUUGACCCUACAAAUCAACUCCCUUUUGCUCGUUUCAGACUUUGGUGAUGAUCUAAGAACACUAUGCUUCUACUUCAUGCAUGUAGUUGACUUUUGCAAUGGGUUUUCAUUUGGGCAUUGGAUCUGCAUGAUAUUGUCCAGAUUUAUACCACAUAAUAUCACGUUUUAAUGAUGAGAUAAGAUUAAAUGUAUUGGUGGCUCAUGGGUCACAGAUCACUUCUUAGUGAUCUUGCAGAGAAGGAAAUAAUGCAAAAUCGAGAAUGCUCCCCCGCCAGAUGAUUUCUUCCAUUAAAGAUCAUAGUUUAACGGAGGAGUGUUAAUUUCCAGGAAGCUUGUUUGGUACUCCCACUGAAGAUAGAAGAAAAGAUAGGGUAAAUCCUAAUAACAGUCUCAGUUCUUUUUACAAAGUCUCCAGUGUCUGAGCAUGUUGAUGAAUGCUUCCAGGAUAUUGAUUCCGUCCCUUAUAUGCUAAAACUAUGAAUCAAGGUUGAGAACAUUGGAUGGGAUGGUUAUCUUCCUUCCUCAGAGGGGGUGGGUUCUAUAAAGGAGAAAUUUUAGAAGAGUAAAAAUUAGGGGAGAGAAGGACAUAUUUAAUGAUUCAGACCGCUUAUGCUUCAUAAGAGAAGAGAGGAGGAAAACUAUUUAAGAUAGUGGCGAAAAUCCAUUACACACCGCAUUUGGAGGAUGCUGUGAAAUCAGUGGGAUAUGUCAGUAGAUGGGUUUAGUUGUGCAGAAAGAUGAAGAGAAGGGGGUUUCGGCUAGGAACAAUAACCAGUGGAAAAAACCUUGGGGAUCUGUUGUGACCGUGAAAGUUUUUCUAGAGGAGAUUUUUCUCCUGACAUUUGAGCCACCUUUGUAUCUCGGGGCUACAUAAUGUGCUAAGACAUUGGAAGAAUUUGUUCUGGAGGGAUAUCCAUCACCAGCAGCGAACUGUUACUUUUUUGACGUUAAAGAGGAGAGAUGGCAUGGGAGAUUUAUGGUUGAAAGAGCUUCAUGAUUGUACUUAGAUUCUGUAAAUUUUGACUCCCAUUAUCCUUUCUCCAGACACUGGGUUCUGGAAGCUGUAUGGAGAAAGCCUUAGUGGGGACUGUUCUAUGUGUUUUGGUUUAUCAGUGUGCCUUGCCAUCUACAAAGCAUUAAACUAUCCAAUUUGUUUAUGAACAAAAGUUGUUGAUUCACCUAGCCAGGUCAAAUGUGAAAUCAUAUGGGUGUUGUAUGAAAUGACUAGUUGAUUGGAUUGAAGGAUGAAAUGAAAACAUUGGUUGGCUGUGAUUUGGGCACCUGAAGACUGUGCCUGCUAUGUGCUUCCAAGACCGAAGCUGGGUAUAGCAAGUAGGAGAAAAGUCAGGGGUAAAGGGAUAUGGCAUAAGCAGGUGAGGGGGUAAGCCUGAUGGUAGAGACGUGUCUUGAUCUCCAUUCAUUGGCAGAUCUUUUUUUUAUGAGUAAAAAAUAAUAAUAUAGACUUGGUUUAGCAUCUCCAAUCCACAUCCAAUUGAGAGGCUGAGGUAAGUCGUUGAACUAGAAAAUGCCAAGAAGAUGAGGUUUAAGAGAUACGAAUGCUCAGAUGCGGAGUAAUGUUAUUCUUUUUUCCUGCGAAUUCUUUCUUGAUCUCUGCCCGCUCUUCUAUUUUCUCUUAUUGUGGAUGACUGCAACAAAAAGGAGAGGCGAGCAGAAAGGGAGCAAUCAACGGGUAUCAGGGUUAGGGCCUAUGGAAUAGGCUUUUUGAAUGGGGCGAGGUGGGGAUGUUAUGAAGCAUCAAAUUAGCUAUUGUUUGAUUAGAAAUCCCUGAGGGAUGUUGUUGAUGAAGAAAUAGAAAAACUCAAUGUUACAGAGGGUUCUGAAAUAAGAAAUUUCUUCGACUAUGGUUUGCCCAAUUCAAUUUGCUGCAAUCCAACGUGGGAACUUCGGAGGAAUAUUUUGGCUGGGAAAGAGAAGUUUCUUUGGACUCUUUAAAAAUAAAUCAUAAGAUUGAAGACUAUUUUGAAGGGGACUCUGAAAAAAUAUAAUGUAGAGGUUGUACAAUGGUGAACGAGCACCAAAACAAUAAAUCUUUUAAUCCUGAUAGAUUUUAGAAUUUUUACUAUGAAUAUAAUUCAUGCAGCUUAGCUGGUUGAUAGCAUCGGUCGUAGAACCUAUUUAUCUCUUACUAGAACUACCUUUGCCUUCUUAACUUUCAGAGUUGAGCUCAUUUUCGGAAUCAGUGCUGUAGGCUGCAUUAUAGCUCUUCAAUUCAGUCUUGAUAUCACAUGGAUAAGUGAUUGUUUCUAUCGUAAAAUGAUUGUUUGCAUGUCCUUGAAUUGAUAUGUACAAGCUCAACAAGCCAUUGUCAGUCAUCUAGUUUGCAAUUAUGUAAUGCAGCAUUCGUGAACUAGAUUGGUUUCAGUACUGUUCUCGUUUCUCAUGUCUUUUUUGGGUCUUCUGAGAUUCCUCACUUUUAUUUUAUAUCUUUCUUAUAUUUUCUCUCUUUUUUUGUUUCCAUUCUUUCCCAAUACAUGCUUCCUUGAUUCCAUCACAAGAAUAUCUGUUCAACACCUCUUCCUUUUUUUCUCAUAUCCAUUACUUUUCUUUUCCUUUAAUUCUUUCUUUCUCAUGUCCAUUGUUGGAAUCUUGAUAUGUCUGUUAGAAAAAAAGGGGCUCUAAAGUCUCUGAAUUCGAAUCAUGUGGGCCUAUUCUGCUUAUUAUUUAGCUAAGUAGAUUCCACUCCCUUGUUGAAAACAAAUAUGCUGAGCCAAUCUUUUGGGAAACCAGAUUUCUGAUUGGGGUCUUGCAAAUGAAAUUGUGAAGGGGAGUACCAAUAAAGAAAACUUGGGAAAAGUUUUUUAGUGCACAUCUUCUUUUGUGAAUACAGAGACCAUUGAACUCAAUAUAUUUAAUUUGAAAUGAAGUGUAGAGCUCAUAUUGAAUCAUUGCUUAAUUGACAGAGAGUUGAGUUUUUAAAGAUUUAUUGGUAUAACUUUUUCACAAAGCCUUCUUUCUCGGUCGUUAGUUUUCCUGAUCGGUUUUAAGUUUCAUUAGGGAAGCCCCACAUUCGUCAGAGGUUCUUUCCAGAUUUUUCAGAGUCAUCCUAGUUUUAUAACUGAUGUCAUUAUUACCAACGUCAGAGGUUUUAAGUUUCUACAUUCUUGUACAGGUGUUGCAUGGCUGUUAGGACACCUGAAAACUUUCCUGUUCUGUUAUGUGUGAAACAUUGCUUGUUUGGGUUUAACAUGUUCUUUGUUGCUCAUAAGAGAUCCUCAAAGGGUUUUGAAUUUGGUAAGUGUAAGGGAUGUUGGAGUCGUAAAAGGUGUUACAGUAUGGUUUACGUUUCUGGUUUUUAUUUUUGCGUAAGUAGAUUGUGAAGAUUUGAGUUUAUCAGAGAGACGCUCUGGAAUUUUUUUGCUAUAGAACAUAUCAGCAAUUGUGUUUAUGUUUCUUGUUACUGUUUGUUGUUCUCUAAGGAUGAAGAACUAUGAUCUAAAUAGCUUUUCUUCUCAGAUAUCCAUUUCUUGCAACUCCACCCUAGGUUUAUCUUGUUUCUUGGCAACUUAUUCUAUUUCUUGCUUUGUUUUGUUGUUGUCUUAAAUAGAAUUACAAUCAGCCAUAGGAGUAAUGUGAAAGUCAUUAGAGUCUUUAGUCUGUGAUAGGUUAAACUGGUAAGUAAACAGUAUUCGUUUUGUAUGUUGUGGACAUUUUUUUCAUUUCUUUGGUUUUUUUUGGUUGGACACCAAAAAGGCAUAUGAGCAGGUAGAAAUACCAUAUUGGUCUGUUAAAACUUUUAACAGCCUCAAAGUUCUGGAUUAUAAAUUCUCCUUAUUCCAUUUAUCAUUUUUAGGCUUUUAUUAUAUGCAGUUACUGUCAGCUGGGUCGCACAUCCAGAUGACUAGAAUUGACAGUUCUUGCAUCCAUUUCUGAUUGAUCAUUUUUUAUGUCUUAAUCAUCCAUUUCUGAUUGAUUACACUACAUCGUAUCCGUUGCAUUAGUUUUGUGUAAAUCAUAUGGUUACCUUUUACUCCUAUCUGACAUUUCAAGUGCAAGCAGAUUAAGCCUCCAUCAUGUCCAACUGGUCGAUUUACCCAAGUGCUGUCUGUGGGAAUUGGUGGAUCUGCUUUAGGACCUCAGUUUGUUGCGGAGGCAUUGGCCCCUGAUAAUCCUCCUCUAAAGGUACGUUUUGCAUGUGCAAUUAAAUUAUAUUAUUAAUUUACGAAAUAAAGCUGUAUAAUUCUGUGUAAAGAAGUGUUUCUCAUGUGAAGCAAUGCCUUGCCAUAACACCUAUAUCGGAUACUGUUGAAAUUAAUAGACUGCAUCCUGCAUUUGAAAAUUUACAAAGCUGGGCUCUGGAUUGAAAUUCAUCUAAUUUUUUAUAUUGAUUUUUACAAGUGGAUACUGUUCUGGUUGGCCUGAUAGCAGCAUGGAUUAUUAAGUCAACCAACUCAGAAACAAAUCAACUGAUUUAAUUAGGAGUUGGCCCUGCCGACUCCAAUUUUAGGGGGAUAUGUGAUCCCGCAAGCAUUUACAAUAACCAAGAAACCUAAGGAUUGGCCGGAAGUUAGCUGAUAUUACUUAUUGGUAUAUGUAUUCGUUGCAAGAUUAGGUUUGUGCUGUAGUAUUUCUUUUUGGACAUUGAGAUGGAUAGGUUUUCGCUCUAUGAAGAGUAUCCUCUGUGAGUAAAACACGUGUGGUUAUGAGUUAGAUUCCUAGGUUGGUUGGGUUGUUGGUCAGUUUCCUAGGCUGGUUAGGUUGUUGGUCACUUUCCUAGGUUGGCUAGGCUGUUGGUCAGUUGCCCGGUUUAGUUGAGUGUCCCAUAAAUUGUGGGAUUCGACCUCGGUUUUCUUCCUUUUCUGGUUUCAGGGUACUUGUAUAUAACUAGAAAUCGUUCAAUGAAUUGAUAAGACAGUUUUUUUUUCCCGACUAUUUAUCCUUGCUUGAUUUGCGUCAGCCUCUGGUAUGCUGCUGCAGUUGUGGCUGGUGACGGUUGUACACAAGAUGCCUGGUGAGUGAUGCAGAAAGCUCUUAGGUGGCUGAUUCAAUUACUUCUCUUAGCAUUACCACAGAAUCUGUUUCAGUUUAUCUAGGACAUUGUAGCCUGUGACUUCUAUUCAAGAGAUAGGUGUUAUUGAGGUUCAUGAUGAUGAUGGCGGUGUAAGAAAGCAAACUUAGAGUCAGCGUGCAGCCAUCUAGACCAUCAUCUUCUUUAAAAUAUGUAGCCCACUGAUGUACAGUUGUUGAAGAUCGAAUAAAUAGUUUGUCAUCUCGUAGAUCAUUAGGUCAGCCUUUCAGACCAGACGUUUCACUGGUUUUCUUCUCGGGGAAAGAGGUCUAUGGCGAAGUGAAAAACUUGUGAAAAUAUUGUAUCUCUGAUCAGUCAGAAAAACUGGCCUCAUAGGUUAUCGAAGAAGGAAGGAAGUCAAUCAGAAACAUAGUUAAAUUGAAUUGUUUCAUGUAGUCCAGAGGAUAUGAUAUAUUACAGUAGGGUAGACUUUGAGCUUUCUGAAUUUAUCAGCUGCAUGGGUUGUACUUUCAAAAAGAAAUACGCUGCAUCAUCCACGUGAUUUGGCCUGGACCUUUGAUGGGUUUCUCCUGCCCAAAACGUUGGAAUAUUCUGCAGAAAGGAACUAUAUCUUUCAAAUGAAGGGGGGGUUUUACUUUCAGAAUAUCAGCUUUCUAGGUGACCAUGUUUCGUUUGGAGUCUUACACCAGGGCCAGCGAUGGUCAUAGAGUCGUCCAUGUCAAAGGUUAGAAAGAGGGCAGGCUACUCGGAGCUUUUGCCUCUUUUUUUAAAAAUGAUUACGACUUGAUCUUCUUUGUAAUUGCUUCAAUGUUUCUAGACUUGAUUCUAGUUUUGUGGAUUAUACCCUGGAACUCAAAAUCAUGUUUCUUGCUGAUGUUUACUCCUGAAGGCAUAAUUUUUGUGGUGUAUCUCUCAUUAGGCUUUAUAAUUACAUUUUAUUUUGCACUGAUCCAAUAAUUUUUGUACAAGCUUCUGAAAUCCAAUCUUAGAAUGACGUUUUUACUCUUCUGUUUAAUUGUGGCUCAUGUGGCAGAUAAGGUUUAUUGAUAAUACAGAUCCGGCGGGAAUUGAUCAUCAAAUUGCACAGCUUGGGCCUGAAUUAGCAUCUACACUUGUCAUUGUGAUUUCUAAGGUAUGUUUGAGAUAUUGGUUUCUUUUUCUAGCAUGCAUGCAAUCUUGUUUGCUUCACAAACUUGUUCAUUAGACUUCUUUCCCCUUUUACUCAUACAGAGUGGAGGGACGCCUGAAACGCGAAAUGGCUUACUGGAAGUACAGAAAGCUUUUAGAGAAGCAGGGUUGGAUUUCUCAAAACAGGUCUUGACUUUGCUUCUGUUUCAUUUUCUUCUUAAUCUUGUCUUGCCAUGAAUGAUCCCCUCCCUCUAUCAUCAAAAACAUUGCAAGUGCCUUUGCUACCUUGAAGUAUGUCAUGAAUAAUAGGUUCCAUAAACUGUAGAGUGAAAAAUAUGGCGCUGGAUCAUUUAGUUUUCUUAAUGUUAAUGUUUGGUUAACCUUUUGAGCAUCUCUUGCCUUAAUCAAGGAAAAACCAACAAAGAUAUUGACUUUUCCUCGAUAUCAUGAAAAUAAAGAACUUUUUUUAAUAUGCACUAUCGAUCAAACCAAGUUUUGAAUGAGCGAAGGUUUUACUGUGUUGUCCAUGCGUGUUAAAAUUCAGUUAGAAAGACAUUUUUGCUUUACAUGAUGCUGUUUCAUUUUAUGUCAUGUCAAUUCAUAGAAAAAUUGCAGGUUUUAUACAAUUAGCCUUAAACCAAAAAGGAAAACUACCUAGGUUGAAUGCCACGAUUUAUAGCAUACUCAACCAAAUUAGGAAACUGACCAACAACCUAACCCUUAAUUAUACUUCUUUCGCACAGAAAUAAAAUCCGAUCAUAUUAUGUUCUAAUGGUGAGAUCUUGCUAGGGUAAAAUAAUUUUGUGGUUUUUAUGUUCUAAUUGUUCAAUACUGUCUGAGAUAUUAUCCUGUUUUUUCCUAAUUGUACUUGGAACAUUCUUCGUUGAUCAUGUGCUAUAUUAAUUCAAUUUUCAACAAAGAGAUCAUUAUUUAGAGGUUGUUGGCUGGCAAAUAUAGAGGCCAUUAUGUUUACUAUGGAUUAUGUGGAACCUUGUCAUGGUUGUGCUAUAUAUACCGACCGACCAGCAAAGUGUCAAGUAUCUUGUUAUUUUCCAAGUUGUGCAAUAACGCCUUAAACAGUUCGGUACGUUUUUAUCAUAAUUUAUGAUAAAAAGAUCUGAUGGAGAUACUUUCAUAUUGUUUGUGAUUACUCCAGGGAGUUGCAAUAACACAAGAAAAUUCUCUGUUAGAUAAUACUGCCAGAAUUGAAGGUUGGGUGGCAAGGUUCCCAAUGUUUGAUUGGGUGGGUGGUAGAACUUCAGAGAUGUCUGCAGUUGGUUUACUUCCAGCUGCCCUUCAGGCAUGUUAUUCUGAACUUAGCUCAUGAUUAUUUGUUAACUGUAAACCUUGUGGAAGCUUCUACUGAUUUCGUAGUGACUUCGAAAUCAGGGAAUUGAUAUCAAAGAAAUGCUUGUUGGUGCAUCCAUAAUGGAUGAAGCAAAUCGAAGUACUGUGGUAUGCACUACCAUUUGUCUUGUUAUUCUUUUUCUUGUUGUUUGGUGUGGUUUCUAUGUAUAUGAUUGUAAUUGGGUUUACAACAUAAAAGAAGGGACUCAUUUUUUGGCUUUCAUGAUUAGGAGCAGUAUUUAUGUGUUCAUGUCUAGAGAACUUGUUACUGGGCUCAUGUCUUGUGUAAAAUGAGUUUUCUUGUGCUGUUAUGAUUCUGCAGGGGUAUGCAAUACUAUUAUACAAUUUCGUAGUUAUCCUUUCUAUUCCAGAAUUUUGUCCCAUAACACCCAUCAUUCGUAGCUUAAAUUGAAUGUGUUUUCCCAGCCAAGUGACGAUAAAUCACACUAUCACGGGGAUCCUUUUCGGAAAAUCUCACAUUUUAAAGCCAUCCUUUUCGUCAGUAGGUGAAACAUUCAUCCCUUUGUCCAUUUGGUCAUAUUUUAGCCGCCAUAUUCGUUCUCAUUUGCUAUGAAUCACAAUUGACCUAAGCAUGGCAACAGUUUGUUGGGAAUGACCCACCCAGCCAAUAAUGAUGACUGAGGGAGUGGAGACUGCAGGAGGAAGGCAUGUGUCAUUGGCAUAGGUGCUGGCCUUUUAUCCUUUCCUCUGACAAAAGCGGCAGCAAAUGGUACUGCUGUCACUCGUGUGAAUCAUGUGACUUGGAGUGAUAUUUCAUGAAAUCUUGCAUCUCAAUGAUGCGAACCCUCAAUGGAGCGGGAUAUUCCUCCAUGUACGUAUUUAAUCAAUCCUUUUGGCUUCAGGAAGACUGAAGAUCAGAGUUAUGCCCGUUUUCAUGGUUCAGAAAAACUCGGAUAUGAUUUUAAAACAAUAUUCAAUUUUCUUCAUUUUUAAACAAUUGAGAAAAAGAUUCUUACAAGGUUGCGAUUGCCAUCCAGUAGCAAAACCCUCAAAGGAGAAAAAAGUUUUAUCUUUGUUGUGUAGGCAUCUCACCACUCGGGUUAACCUCUUGGCUACAUUUUUUUGGUUUGACAUGUGUCAUGUCUUUAUAUGUUCACCCUCAUGCAUGCAAGCCUAUCAGGAGAGUCUCCUAGGGAAAGCUGUGGCCCAUUUCGCCUGGUUAGCCGCCAGAGGAAAGCACCUCAGUUUUUUGCUUGUGUCUCUAGCAGAUGAACUAUAUGCCUGCUUAAUUUUUCUCUGUUAAAGUUUUAUUUUCUGUGCCUUGUCUGUAAGUUUUUCGAAAGAAAAUUGGUGAAAUAUUUUUCUCAUAUAUUUUAUUUCUUAUAUAUAUAUUUUUCAAGCUGGUUGCAAAGAUCAACUUUAUUUUUGUUGCUUCUUUUGUACAUUAUUUUCUUGUGUACAGAGCGCAGGCGCGUUUGUAUUAUCUUCUAACCCGCGGAUUCUGAUUCUCACAUUUGUUAUCCAGGUGAAGAACAAUCCUGCAGCUUUACUUGCUCUGUGCUGGUACUGGGCUUCCGAUGGAGUGGGAUCCAAGGUUGUGCAUCUAAGUGAUAUUUGUAAACUACAAGGCUAAAACUUAACAAGAUAUUUCAUCUAAUGAGUUCCAUCUGUUGAUCUGAACAGGACAUGGUUGUGCUUCCCUACAAGGACAGCCUACUAUUAUUUAGUCGAUACUUGCAACAGUUGGUCAUGGAAUCACUUGGCAAGGAGUUUGAUCUUGAUGGGAAUCGGGUAUCCAUGCUGUUACUAUUCGGAAAGUUAUUGUCAAUAAUCUGCAUAGAUGUGUGAAUACUCUAAUCGUUGAGGGUUCAUAUAUGCAUGCAUAUUUACUUAAAGAUUGAAGGUCAGUUCACAAGUCAUAGGAACAAUCUCACUCGGAAGAAGUGGAAUUGAUACAUCACAAUAUUCAGUCCCUAUUAAGUUUGCGUGAUCAGUUUGAUAUAUAUCCUUGAUUCAUCAAUGCCUAUUCCUUUCAUUGUCAAGGUGUUAUUUCAAAACAUAUUAUCCUUUUUUUGGUAAAAAGGGGCUGUUUGGAUAUAUCUCAUUUCAAGAUAGUGCGAAAGGAAUUUUUUUUGGAAUCUUUGUGGUCGAGGUUUUUCUUUCAUUUCCAUUGAAUGUUCAUGCACCUUAUUUGGGCUACAAUUACCAUUCUGUCAACCUCUUUACAACUAAGGCCAUCCACUUCAUUUAGCAGGCUGAUCUCAGCUCCUUCCAGUGGUUGCGUCUUUCAAUGUCACCAGUUUAGGAUCGCAGCAUGGGAAGACCCUUGACCUUGUAGUCAAUCAAACUGAUCAAGAAUUCAACUUAAACGUCUUAGGUAACGUGUUUGUCGAUCAAUAACUUAUGCUGCUGGCCCUAAUGGAUCAAGGGAGUCUCAAAGCUGUAUCUUGACCCUGAGAUUUAGAAUCAAUGCUAAAGAGCUGUGAGGAUUGGGACGUCCCUGGGAUGCAACUGAGGGAUGAAGAACAGCAUAUCUGUCCCCUUAGUCACAAUUGUACUCUUAGCCAUCUUUACUUUAGUCGAAAGAAAUAAAAUAUGGAAGCAACUUCCAUCUGAAUAAUACGAAGGCAAGAAACAAAACGGGGAACAGGUGCUGCACUAUCCCUUUGAAAUGAUCUUUCUUGACAAGAGAACAUUGAUCCAUAAAAUGAAGCUUUUAUCUUCAGAUUCGUAAAAUUGUUUACUUUUUUUGUUUUGGCAUUUGCUUGGUUUUGCUUUUUUUGACAUAUGGGUCAUAGGGUGUAAAGAAUCGAUUAUGGUUGCCCAUGGUCAACUGCUGCUACCACUGGCUGGUUAUGCUCAGAUGCAUGACUCUGGUUUGGAUCACUUUAGUGAGAAGAUCCUAUCAUCAACUUAAAUAUUAUUACUUUCUGUAGAAUUCUCUUGACCUCCUAUCAGAUUUUAUUUUUAACUUGUUUAUAAAUAUGUAUUACUUGGGUAGCACAUUCUUCUGUUUUGGACUUGUAAGGGAGUUUUCUGGCAUUUAUAGUUUGCAUCUGUUGUGUACGACAUUAGUGAUGACUGUUUUAUUAGCGAUCAACAUGUCUGACCAGGACACAUAUUACAUAUUUAUUAGUGUUCCUCUUCCCUAUUGCUGAAGUACUGAUGAGAGGAUCUCACCGGACCAUUACUUUUCUUUUCUUCUACAGGUAAAUCAGGGCCUCAGCGUCUAUGGAAAUAAAGGAAGCACUGAUCAGCAUGCGUGAGUUAUGCCUUGGCUUUCUGACUUAUUUAGUACAUCUCCAGAUUGAAGCCAGACUUCACCUUUGAAGCAUUGUGACCUAAUUUUUCAGUUAUAUUCAGCAAUUAAGGGAGGGGGUCCACAACUUUUUUGUGACUUUUAUCGAAGUGUUGCGUGAUAGGCCUCCUGGCCACGACUGGGAGCUCGAACCAGGGGUUACAUGUGGUGACUACUUAUUUGGAAUGAUGCAGGUUAGCCCUGAACCUUGUCAGCUCUUCUUGCUGACUAAUACCUUGUUUUACUUCAAUAACUAGGGAGUAUUGCUGUACAAAAGAUCUGCAUCAUAAUGCUCACAACUUCUCGGCUGCCUGAAGAUCAUAAGAUGCUCGUGUGAAGCCAGGAAGCUGCAUAUUUACUGGGUGCAGUUCGAGUGAUGACUCAUUGUGAUGCCUGACUUUAGGGAAUAGUGUUUUCCUGUAGCAAAUGAGCGGAAGUAAGAAAAUGCACUUAUUUUUGAUGAUUCCUCAUGAAACAGUUCAUCAAACGAAAUAAAUAGGAAUUCAUCAUUGUUUCUUCACAGGGUUCCCUGAUCUACAGAAUUGAAGAUUGAUUCAGCUUGUGAGAUGACGCGUUCAUAUAGUUUCUUCACAUCUUUCCUUUUUUCAGAAUCAUUGCAUCGCAUCUUAAAUGUUUCAAAUAUGAAUGCUUAUAAAUAUUCUUCAAUUUAGUUAAAUCUUCCUUUAUGUUCUUUUUCCCCUCUGGUUUGCUUUUGGCGUUGGUACUUUGCAGUGUAGUAACAAAGUGCAUCAUUAUCUUCUUCCUUUGUAUGAACACAGUUUAACAGUUUUUUUUCCUACUUUAGCCGUUGGCUAGCUGCACUCUCAUUGUCCUCUGAAUUUCUCCCCUUGAAGUGGGUCAAGCACUGUGCUGGAUUUCUGCUUUGAGACCAUGCAUGCAUCUAACUCAAUAUGACCUCAUUUUAGAUGCAAAGCCAAUACUCAUGCUUCUUUUCUUUUUUUCCUACAUCUAAUAAUAAUAAUAAAAAUAAAAAUAAUUAAUUUGCACGUACGCUUGAUUUAUUGAUAAAGCUUCCAUUUGGGCCUUAACCUUUUCAGGGAACCCGAGCAGCUCUCUAUUCUAAUGACCGUGAGUCAAUCACAGUCACUGUGCAGGAAGUUACUCCAAGGGCUGUGGGGGCCCUGAUUGCUCUCUAUGAGCGAGCUGUAGGUCUUUAUGCAUCGUUGGUCAACAUAAAUGCUUACCAUCAGCCAGGUGUGACCUUGAUUCAAAUCUCCUUACAACUCAUCCUUUCAAGGCAGCAAGCCUCUUAUUGUUCCACUCCGUCCUCCUCUGUGAUUUGCAGGGGUUGAAGCUGGUAAAAAGGCUGCAGGAGAAGUGUUAGCCCUUCAGAAGAGGGUCCUUACUAUUCUGAAUGAAGCCAGGUAUCUCCAUUAAAUGAACCGAAGGUUACUCACGUUGUUGUUUUUAGUAAUUCAAAGGAAAAAACAUCAGGCUUCUAUGUUGACAACUUUGCUGCUCCAGCUGCAAAGAGCCAGUCGAGCCAUUGACACUUGAGGAAAUUGCAGACCGCUGCCAUGCUGCUGAGGAGGUAUGAAGAACAAAUUGAACCGAAUAAACCAGUUUUGGUAACUCUUUUUAUGCCUGCUGUAAAGUGAAAAUUGUGGCCAUGUUGUUCAGAUCGAGAUGAUCUACAAGAUAAUCGCACAUAUGGCUGCCAAUGACAGAGCGAUUAUUGCUGAAGGCAACUGUGGUUCUCCCAGAAGUAUCAAGGUUUUCCUUGGUGAGUGCAAUGUAGAUGACCUUUUUACAUAA